GUGUUACUUGUCAGUUUAAAACCUAUCAUUUUGUUAAAAUUUUAAUUGCUGUAAAUUAAAAUAAAAAUUUUAAUACUUAACAAAAAAAUAGAUCAUGGGAGACUCGAGACGCCUGCCGCGCUGGUGGUCCGGCGGCGUUUGCUCGGCGAUCGCAGUGACCACCACCCACCCGCUGGACCUGAUCAAGGUGCAGCUGCAGACGCAGAUGGUGAAGGAAAAGAAGUCCGUGGCCGAGAUCAUCGGUAACAUCUACAAGCAGAAUGGCGUUUUGGGCUUUUACAGUGGCAUCUCGGCCUCCUGGUUCCGUCAGCUCACCUACACCAGCACCCGCUUUGCCCUGUACGAAGCUGGCAAGGAUUACGUCGACGCCGGAAACUUGGGUGCCAAGAUGGGCCUGGCCGCCUUUGCCGGAAUCAUCGGCGGGAUUGUGGGCGUUCCCGGGGACGUGGUCACCGUGCGACUGCAGAACGAUAGCAAGUUGCCGCCGGAGAGCAGACGUAACUACAAGCACGUCUUUGAUGGCCUCUUCCGCAUUUACAAAGAGGAGGGCUUGUCCAGUCUAUUCCGCGGCACACUGCCAGCCGUUUCGAGGUCCGUCCUGCUGACGAUCGGUACGAAUGCGGCCUACGAUCAGGUGAAGCAGAUGCUCAAGUCGGCGACAGGAGCAGCCGAUGGCGUGCCUCUGCACUUUGCCACCUCGACGAUAGCUGGCUGCAUUGCCACGCUGAUGACGCAGCCACUGGAUGUGCUGAAGACCACAUUUAUGAACGCCAAGCCGGGCGAGUUCUCCGGGAUCGGGGCGGCCUUUGUGAGCAUUGCCAGACAGGGACCCCUGGCCUUCUAUCGCGGCUUCAUUCCGGCCCUGAUGCGAGUCAGUCCCAACACCAUCAUCACCUUUGUCUUGUACGAACAGGCCCGUCUGCGCUUCGGGUACCUUCGACCGGAUGACAAGUGAUGGCCCCAAUUCCGUAAACAUUCAGGGACCAUUUUUUAAAAUUCAACUCAAAAUUUUCUGUACUGUGUGUCCUAAAAUUGUGAAUAGUUUGAGUAUUUAAAAAAAAAAAAAAAACCCA